UGCGACGCAAGCCAACUUGUUUUCAAAAUAUUGCUCAAAUUCUAUUAAUACGAGUGUUAGAAUUUGAUUAAAUAUGCUAAUUAUGUAGCUCAGUAAAAAUAGAAAUUAUAAACUGGUCGCAAUCAAAUGCAAACGGUAGUAUAAAAGCGCUAUGCCAACUGCCAGACUGCAUUCCAAGUUCCCAAAAUGAAGAUCUUCGCUCUCUGUGCCUUCGUGCUCCUCAUCCUGGCUGCCGUCCAGGCCAAUAGUUCUCCGGAGACCAGUGCCAUUUCUGGAAAGGACCUUAAGAAAACUGCUGGAUAAUCUAUAAUUGGACCAUUU